GAGUUUAAAAUGAGGGACUUAAUUGAAGAAAUGGAAAGUUAGAGGGGUGAAAUGCAAAGUUAAAAACCAAAACCCAAAACCCAAAAUCCAAAAAUCCACAAUUAUUCAAAACCCAAAAUUAAACCCAAAACUCACUAAAACCCAAAACCCACAACCCAAAAUCAAACCCAAAACCCAAGCCUAAAGCCCAAACUACCCAAAGACCCAAUCUUCCCCCCAAAAAAGAAAGGAGAAUUAAAAUUCCCUUCUCUCCCGGAGCUUCCAUUUCUCGGUCAACCCUCAGUCUCUCUCCCUCUCUCCCGAGCCAAUCUUCUUCCUUUUAGACAACAGCCAUCGCCGACCAUCCUCUGCUCCUUCUUCGGUUCCAAGCUGUCGGCGUUAAUGGCUUCCACCGCUCCUCCUUUCUUCCUCACGCAAGUCCUCAGCCACCCCAAAUCAGCCGGCAGCCACCCCUCAAACGGCCGGCGGUAAAGCUUCUCCAUGCCCCAAAACCUCUUCCUCUUCUUCCUCAUAAACUCCUGGCCUCCUCCCUUGCUGAAUUUUCUUCUUCCGCCGAGAACAGCCAGCAAUCCUCCCUCGAACCGCCGGUGAUCAUGGCUUCCAAAACCAUCAAAUCCCAUCUCGAGCCUUCACCUUUUACCCUCAUCAUCGACCAUCACCUCCAUCUCCGGCUUCUCCUUCUUUCUCCAGUAUCUUCAUCUCCGAUCAUAACAGAACAAAAAAAAUUGAAAUUGAUGAAGUCCAUUUUCAGAUCUGGAAGUUUGGGUUACCGACAGCCGCGCAAAAAAAUCAUUCCCGUUGCCCAGCACCCACAAUCCCGGCGAGUGAACGGCAGAACAGGAGCAAAUGAAGCCGGAUCUAUUGGUUGGUGACGGAGGUGAUGUGCACGCGAAGCCCCGGCGACUCGGCGAAAUAUCAAUCGUCAUCCAACUGAAACAAAUCUGCAGAGCCAAUCUAUGCUAGCUACGGAUCACGGGUGGGUGACGACAGAGUGAAUUGGGCGUGGAUGAAGGCCCAAGUGCAUUUCCAGAUUUUUGUAAAAAAAGAUCAAGAUCAGAGAGGCCCAAAUGCAUUGCGAAUUCUGGUGAUUGGAGGAGCCCAAAACCGUGGACACAAAAAGGCCCGGAGAGUGGUUUCUGGAAGGUUCCUGGUAGAAUUUUUAGGGUUUUUAGGGCUUGUUUUGGUUUGGGUAUAAAUAGACGGCUUUAGGUUAGAAACAAGAGGUCUUUUUGUUUUUGUGAGUCUGGUGAAAAACUUUCUGUUGAAAGGGGGCUCGGUUUUUGUAUCCGGAGGUUGACGGAGGGCUUAUUUGCUGUGUCUGCUUCUGUUUAGGUAAAUCUUUGAACAGAGGAGUUUUCUGGGAAUUGUGGUGAAGGGGACAAUGGGAGCCUGGUAUCGUGGGUGGGAUCCCUCCCAUCAGAUCUGGAUCCAUUUUUCCCAGAAAAUUCUACCGUGGCUGUGUUGCCUUUUGGUUGAUUUUUUUUUUUUUUAUUUAAUGUUUAAGGUUAUAUGUAUUUUCUUGAGAAAUGAAUGAAAAAUCAUAUAUUUGCCUGAUAAAUUUGUUCAUCUUUCUGCAAAAAAUAUGUAUUCAUGAUGAACCCUAAUUUUGCUAAGUUGUUUGCAUGUUUGAUUUUCUUUUUUGGUUAUUUUGUGUUUUUUUUGUGUUCGGGUCAAUCAAAUUUGAUUUAGUAA